AUGCUCGCGGAUGCUGAGUCGCCGUCGGAAGGCAGCCGGACCGCCGCGGCGAUCGAGUCGGAGUAUCCGACGCCUCCGGAGCUCAGCAUUGCUGCGUGGCGCCGUCGUAUGUCUGAGCAGACAAAAGUGACAUCGCCCCACCUUCUCGCUCAGCUCGACAGGCCUGCACUGUGCGCAAUCUCACCAGCGGGGGACUCAAAGGGGACCACUGCGAGAAGGUCACGGCCAUCAUCGUCGGCAAGAACACGCAGCGACUUUUACCGCCGAGCCAGCUGGGCGCCCGACGGCUCGGUGCUCUUGGCCAUCACAGAGUCACAACGAAACCACAUCCUUGGGUGCUAUGCCUCGAAAGCGGAUGAUCCGAGCCCGAGCACCAGCACCGAUGGCUGUCGAGGCGCGGUGGAGUUGCUUGGCGAGACCAAGAGCCCGUCGCCUCUCCUCGACGCAAUCUGGUAUCCAGUACCAGCAUUGGACUCGGCGCACGGCACCAGCGAGGAGUCUGGUGCUGGACAGACAGAAUCAGCUGCGGUCGGGAUGACGCCGACAAUGACGUGGUGCUUUGCUGAAUCGCAUCGGGACCUUCCGACUCGACUCACGGCGAGCAGCACAGGCGAGGCGCGCGCGAGCUACUCGAUCAUGAACCACGUCGAGCGAUUCGUCGGUCCGCACGCGCUCGCCGUCAGCCCGGACCUCUCGCGGCUCUACUGUGGCCUGUGGUCUGCUCUGGCUGUGUUUCCACUGUCGCGGCCAGGUCUCAACACGCACUCGUCACUUCCGCUCGUCGCAGGCAAGCGCUCCCGAGGCGGCCAGCGCGGCAUCGUCUCUGCGCUCGCAACAGCGCCAAAUCCAGCCAAUCCGACACACGAUCUCGUGGCUGCAGCAACCUUCAGCGGCAGCGUGGGCAUCUACGGCUUUGACCCGGCCGCGUUCCCUGAGCCUGCCGAACACACGGCCAGGCACGACGAGGACAUUCUCGCGCAAACAUCGUGUCUGGCGGGGUGGAGCGAGAUCGAAGGCGAUGGCGUCACGCAGCUCAGAUUCCACCCGCUCACUCCGUACGUGCUCUUCGUGGCGUCACGCCGCUCGGACCAUAUCUAUGUGUAUGACAUUCGUUAUCUGAUGGGCGAUUCGGCCCGGUGGAGUUUUCGCCCGCUGAGCCAGCCAGCGACGGGGGUGCGCUCGGCACAUCUGCUCGCCAAGCUGCACAGACCCGGAGGAGCCAGUGCACAGAGACUAUUUUUUGACAUCGACUGGGCAGGACGUUGGCUGGCUUCAGGAGACGAUCAAGGUUCGAUCCAUCUCUGGCGCAUCGACACCGGCCGCUUCACCGACUCGGACGACGCAGCUGGCCAGGCUGAAAUUGCACCAGACUUGAGCUGGAAGGCACACCAAGAUGCGAUCGGGUCUGUGUCGUUCCAUCCUCAUCAACCGUGGCUGGCGUCUGUUUCAGGAUCGCGGCAUUGGCCAGAGGACGAAGGAAACAGCAGCAGCGAGUCUGAUCGAGAUUCUUCCGAUUCCGACUCUGCAUCGGCCUCGGAUUCGUCCGCUGGCUCGGGCCACUUUCGCACAUGGCAGACGCGCGACAGCUCGCUCAACAUCUGGGACUUCUCCGACCCGGACGUCGCAGCAAGCUAG